AUGGGGUUUUUUGACAGCAUCACAAACGCGUUCAACAAGAUUGCGGAAGUCGCAGCGUCAUCAGUACAGCAAAUUUCAGACACUGCUGAGCAUAUACGGCGCAAGCUUGAAGAAGAGACUCGAAAGGCUGCCGAAUCGGCAGCCCAAAGAGUUCUGAAAGAGAUCAGUGGCACAGCAGAGACCAUGUGUCGUGAGCUGGAAGAACUGAUCCCCAGCUUCGACGACAAGCUUCAAGAAGUCAAGGAUGAAAUCACAGAACUUGCUUCCUCUGCCGCAGAUGAUGGUGUUGAUAUCACCGAGGCAGUCAAUGCGGCCAUCGAGAUUGCAGUUCAAAAGGUCGAGGCUGCUAAGACAGCGGCUAUCAGGGCAGUCAAUGAGUUUAUUCUACAGGCUCAGCAGAAGUUGUUCAGCCUUCUGCGGUCCAUCAUUCCGGCCUUCCUUCAGUCUUGGACGGGAUGGCUUGAAGAAAAGGCAACAUUUCUCACAACGAACCUAGCCAAUAUAGGCGCAAAACUGGUGGAUAAUGGUAUAUCCUUCGUCUUGCAACAGAUCAAAGGCUUGGUUCAGACACUGGUCAAGAGGGUAGGAGAGGUGCUUGGACCUAUCUGGGGCUUUAUGAAACAAAUAUGGAAGCUCUUAUUUGGGGAGCCACCUGAACACUGUGAGCUUGCUAUGCAAUGGAUAGAGGAGAGAAUGUGUCGUACACAAAGGCAAAUGAUUCACAAACGAUCGGCUGCCCCCAUCAGCGCGGUGAUCAGACAGAACAAGUUCUUCGAACUCCUUCCCCCAGACGAGGACUCGUGGAAGACAACUUUGCUAGAUUACUUGAGAAGACGUAACAGCCCACCCGGAUGGCGGGCGUGCUGCGACCGUAUCAAACCCGUCGUAAGAUCGACCAAUCCAAAGCCUGGCUCCAUGAUUCAAUUGGCAUGGGACGACCACUUUACGGACGAAUUAAACGGUCAACAGCGAACCCAGAUCAGUGUCAUAUACUUUAGGUGGAAGACGGAGGAGUUUCGCAAAGUUUCUUCAGGCUUCAUUGGUAUCCUUGCUAUGGUCAGUGCAGUGGAUGUGUCGGCGGAACCAUGCCAGCCUCCACCUUUGACAAAACCUCAAUGUGAAGAGCCUCUCCAGAUCGACGCCUUCGCUAUGAGAAAGAUAUAUGAAGAGCUUUCACCGCACCUAAGGCUUUUAUCGGCGAACACAGAGCAAGAAUCGAGCAGGUUUACUGGGCCAAAGAAAGUUGUAUCACGACAGCUUAAAUUCAGGGAUGAUGACGGAGUGUGGAGAACUGCAGACGUGAAUUAA